CGCCGGGCGGCCGUGCGAUGGCGGCAGUCACAGCUUCAAACCUUGUCUCAAAGGAUAAGCCUUUUUUACAGCGGGAGAAGUGAGAACUGGCAUGAACCGGGCUCUUGAGAACGAGGAAGCUUUGAGAAGUUAUUUCCUGAUCAGCAGGUGCUAAAAUUAAGUAAUCAUCCAUAUUAAAUACCUGGAACUUUGGAAGUUUUCCUGUCCUAACACCACGUAACCUAAUGCUAUGUUGAUGCUACAUCAGCAAUUAAAUUGGAAUGCAAUUGACAAGAUGCCAGCUGUUGAAGAUCCCAGUAGCGGACAAAACUUCAUUGGACGUUGGAUGUCUGAUAGUUCCCGUGCCGGAGUCUUACUAGAUCCUUGUUUCACUGGCUUGAAAAUCAACAAAGAAAAUCUGUUACGUGGACCUGAAAAUGUCACAGCUUUCCCUGCACAAGUGUUGCAUCUUUCAGACAGCUGUUCUGUAAGUGAUGACUCCUUAUAUGAAGAGUCUGGCAGCUCUUGUACACUUCAGCAAUAUACCACUGAAACAUCUUCUCCAGCAGCAGCAUGUAACAUAGAAGCCUCUAAACCAGACUUUGUCCAUGGUGGAGUGGAUGGUCAGAAUAAAUCUGAUCACAGUGAUCCACUCUUACAAAAGCUUGAACAGCUGAAGGAGCUGCAGCAACAGAAACAGGAACAGCUAAAGAAACAACAGAUGGAGCAACUUCAAAGACUAAUGGAAGAGCAGCAGAAGCUACUUAGCAUGGUAUCUGGCCAGAGUGCAGAUCCUGGCUCUGCUCUAAUGCCUGAAAGUCAAAAGCUCAGACCUGGGCAUUCAGUGUGUUUAACGACUUUGCACCAGUUGCCAUCUCCUGGGUAUCAGAACAUCUUUGAAGACAGAGCUUCUUCUCCUGUGGCUUCUCCACAUAUGCAAGGCAGUGAUUUUUUACAGAAGUUAAGCAACAAAGAAUGCACCUCAUCUUUGAAGAACAGUCUUUCAAGAGUGUCUGCCUGUGAGAGACAAGGAAAAAGGAUGUUGUGUCCAGAACAAAAGAUGGAAACAUUAAUGGAGGAUGAAGAUGAUCCCAGUGACCCUGUAUGUGUGGACAGUGCAAAUCUCUCUGAAAAUUCCAGUGGAGGAAAAGAUUUGUGGACUAACACAGAGGAAAGACCCAUUAAAGCUGCAAUUCAGGAGAAGAAGCAGACAUUUGAAGAAUUCCUGGAAGAACAGAUACGACUAGAAGAGCAGCGUCUGGAGCAAAACCAGAAGCAGGAGACAAAUGGAUCAUCCAUUCAAAAACCAGUGAUCAAGCGACCCUUCCUGAGAAGAGGAGAAGGCUUAACGAGGUUCACUAAUGCCAAAUCUAAAAUGACAAAACUUGGAGAACACACCCCAAAACUUCCACAAAGGCCUUCAGAUGACAGAAAUGUUAUUAAAGUGGGCAGAUCACAAAUACAGAGGAAAACUCUGGCUCCUGGCAAAGAACUGGUUUCUGAGAAACCUUUUGCACCAUGUAAAAAAUACAACCACAGUGCCAAAGCCAAACCCUGUCCGAUUCAGAAGACUUUGGUACUCAGGAAUCGCAAUGGAAAAAACAUCUUGCCGUUAGAAACAAGAACACGACCAGCAAAAAGUCAUGAUGGACAGAUGAGAGAUUCUUUCCCAUCAGAAGUUAGCAACAAAAUAGAAAAUAAAGAGAACUUAAUAGAGUUUGCUACAUCUAAUGCUGGCAAAAUUGGAAACAUGCUGCCUGGCGCAGAGAAGCCUCCCUUGCCUCAUGAACUGGCCAGUGCCUUUUCUAAUUUCAAGUGUCCUCUAGGCCUCCCUGUGAAAGAUUCAGAACAGUCUUUUGAAGUUUCAUUUCAGAAUAAGCUGGAAAGCUGGGAAAAAGAAAAAGAAAAAGAGAAUCUAGAAUUAGAUGAGUUUUUGUUUCUGGAGCAAGCUGCAGAUGAAAUAUCUUUCUCAAGUAACUCCUCAUUUGUGCAAAGGAUCUUGGAUCAAGAUCAACAAACUUUAAAAGGCCGUAGAAUGUCUUCUACCCCUAUUAAGGCAAAACAGCAGCAAGUAAAGGAACUGGCUGUUGAGCUUAUAAACAAGAAAAAUAAAAAGGCAGAGCAUAUGACACAGGGAAAUACAAAUGAUAGAGCAGUUAUGGAUAUAGUCUCAAAUUCAGGAACAGCUGUCAGAGUGAAGGAUCCAUCGACUAGAACAGGCAGUGCAGUAUUUCCAGUUUCUUCCGUGACAGCAGCUCCUGCUUUGAAAAGUGAUCAGUGGAUUAUAAAUGAAGACAAGGGUGAGAGCAGUGAUGAUACCAAUACAGAUUCCGAGAGUGAAUUUGAGACCACAUUCAAGCAGGAAAAUGAAGACGUCAAGGCACCCUUUGGAAGCCACAGAGACAGUGACCCAGAAUUUUUUGAUUAUGGAGUGUCUGUUACAGACGUCAGCAAAGAAAGGAAAGAUGGAGAUGCUGGCCUUGGCUUGUCAGACCAAGAUUGCAGUGUACUGUCACAGCAAAAGAUUAGAAAAGCUUCAGAGCAUCAGAGAGGCGUGUCUUGUGUAAGCAGGAGGAAGUUUGAGUUUGAUGAUGAGAGAACAUGGAGUGAUCUUGAUGAAAAUUACGUCAAUGGUGAUUUACCUGAAAAAUACCCUGAAAUACCUUUGCAGCCAGACGGUUCGAGUAAGAAUGAUACAACUGUCCCAGAUAAAGCAAGAACGAGAAAAGUUGCCUCAAAAUGGGGAGAUGAGAUGACCAAAGAGUCUGCAGUGGACAGUGCUUCAUAUGAACCUCCUGUAUCCAACCUGAUGGUGAAACUGUUUCCUUCCCUGAAGGCGAAGCAGAAGGCGAGCUGCCACGUAGAGCCUGAGGUCAGAUCAACCGUGACACAGGUGCCAGGAAGGGAGAGAACAGCCACUGGAAGCACUGUUCCAUCCCAGGUACUGAGGGAGAAACUCAGUGAAUUGGAAACUGAAAUAGCGAGAUUCAGAGCUGAGAACAUCACUCUAAGCAAACUGCGUGAGGAACGAGAGCACGCCUUGGCAACUAUCAGGAAGGAAAUUGCAGACUUUCAACAGCAAAAAGUCCAAGAACUGGCUGAAAUAGAAGAAUAUAAAAAAAAGGAAAUGAAGAAACUGCAAAAGGAGCGUAAAGUUUUUGAAAAAUACACCACAGAAGCCAGAGCAAUUCCAGAUAAAAAAGAACGUGAUGAAAUUCAGGCUUUAAAACAGCAGGUUGCAGAGUUACAGGAAGACUUGAAACGAAAAGAGGCAAAAUGGUCAACCACCCAUCGACGCCUGAAAGAUCACAUAGAAGCUUUAGUAAAUGAGAAUCUGGAGCUCAAAGAGGAAGUCAAAAUUAUGGAAAGGUUUCGUCUAGAAGCCUGGAAGAAAGUAGAAGCUGCUGGAAACAAGAGGAAAACAGAAAAUUCCGGAAUGACUCUAAAAAGAGCAGAAUCUUGCCGACCAAACAGAGGCAUAAAAAGUCAAACUGCAUCUCUGCUUCUUCCAGUACAGAAGUGCAGCAAGAUAAAUGGCACCAGCUCCUCGCAGGCAAAAGGAAAUCCUUCUGGAACACCUGCAUCAGGAGCUGCUAGUGAGAGACACACCUCUGAGACAGUGACUGCACUAGAAGAUUCUUCUAAGACUUUCAUGGUAGAUGCCUCUCCAAAUGAAGCUCAGAAGUCCGCACCAGCUGGCCCUGCAUACACAGAUGGGGAAGAGGUACAGAGAGAAACUGCUUAUCCUGAUGGAAAGGUUGAAAAGGUUUUGAAAAAUGGCUGUCACCUCAUCUUUUUCCCCAAUGGGACAUGGAAAAAAGUGGGUUCUGAUGGGAAGACCGUAACUAUAACCUUCUUCAACGGGGAUGUGAAGCAGGUUCUGCCUGAUCAAACUGUGAUCUAUUAUUAUGCUGAUGCUAAGACUACACACACCACAUAUGCUGAUGGCUUAGAGGUCUUGCAGUUUUCAAAUGGGCAAAUAGAGAAGUACUAUCCUGAUGGCAAGAAAGAAAUCACCUUCCCUGAUCAAACCAUUAAAAAUCUGUUUACGGAUGGGCAAGAAGAAAGCAUCUUCCCAGACGGGACUAUCGUCCGUAUCCAGCGAGAUGGAAGCAAAACUAUUGAGUUCAAUAAUGGCCAGAGAGAACUACACACCUCACAGUUCAAGAGACGUGAGUAUCCUGACGGGACUGUCAAGACUGUGUACGUGGAUGGACAGCAGGAAACCAAGUAUGUCUCUGGGAGGGUAAGGGUGAAGGACAAGGACGGCAACGUUAUCAUGGACACCAAGGUGUAGGUAGUGCCAAAGCUGCUGGAGUGAGCUGCUGGCACACCGACAGAAAUAGGCAUUGCUGUAAACAAGAAGUAUCUUUAAGCUUGUUGUGUAUAUACUGUUUAUAGUUUUCCUGAAAUAAAUGUAUUU